CAGACAGGAGAGAGAUUCUUUGGGUACACGGCAGAGGCAGAAAGACAAAGAUAGGCAGCAGAGAUGUGGGGUUCAGGGGGAGGACAAAAAUAAGGAACAUUUGCUAAGAGGCUUUUUCAAGCUACAAAUGCCAGGCCCCCACCCUGAUCUACUGAAUCAGAGCCAGACUCACACACCAGAUUAAGGUAGUGCCAUGGCUAAUCUACAAGAAGACCUAUGUUAUCGUUACAAAUGUAACAAAACACAGAAGAUUUUGUUCAGCCAAAGUACCUGAAAGGUCUAAAGGCUGGAAGGAAUAGUUAUUAAACUGCUUGGCAGGUUGGUUGUUGGGGGAGCAGGAGAGGGAGAAGAGUGGAGGUAGAGAAGGGCACAAAGGGACAUCUGUGGACCAUGCAGAAAGUUCCGGACACCAGACCCCUUUGGCAGAGACAGCCCAGUGAUCUGCACUGUUUUUGGCUGGUGUGUGUGUGUAUGUAUAAUGUCUGGGGAUAGAACUAAGUUGUCACAGAAGGAAACAUGAUGUUCAGAAUGUAUCAACUGUCUUUAUUUUUUACUUCCCCCAGUGCCUCAGACAAAAAGGAAGGGGGAAAAGGGGGGAAAUGUUUUGUAAUAUCACUUUGGGCACCAUUUUACGAAUCUGAUCGUAAUAUUGAACAGUCCUAAGAUGCCCACAUUUAAUCAGCUUGCACCUGGCCGGGAAUGUGUAGCCUGAAAAGGUGUGCAGGUGGUCUGUUUUGAACUCCUCCCCACCAGGGUGAAAACCAUUAUAGCUCCGUGUCCUAAUUUUAAUGUGCAUGCGGUCACCUGGGGACUUGUUAAAAUGCACGUCCUGAUUAGAGGUCUGGGAACGAGGAGGCCCAGAUCGCGCAUCUCUGACAAGCUUCUGGGCGAUGCCUGUGCUGGCUGUCUGCAGACCACACAUGGGGCAGUAAGGCCGAGGAACAUCAGAUACUGCCGCACAAAGUAAUACAGCAUCCCCAGGUGUCUAAGCUUGAGAGAGAGAAGACUCAAGAAGCAAAGAGGAUCCGUGAGCUGGAGCAGCGCAAGCACACGGUCCUGGUGACGGAACUCAAAGCCAAGCUCCACGAGGAGAAGAUGAAGGAGCUGCAGGCCGUGCGGGAGAAUCUCAUCAAGCAGCACGAGCAAGAAAUGUCAAGGACAGUGAAGCUGCGGGAUGGGGAGAUCCAGAGGCUCAAGUCGGCCCUGUGUGCUCUCCGGGACGGCAGCAGCGACAAAGUACGGACAGCGCUCACCAUCGAGGCCCGGGAGGAGGCCCGGAAACUGUUUGACGCGGAGCGCCUUAAGCUCCUACAGGAAAUUGCGGACCUGAAAACUGCCAAGAAGCAGGUGGACGAGGCUCUCAGCAACAUGAUCCAAGCGGAUAAAAUAAAGGCUGGGGACCUAAGGAGCGAGCAUCAGUCCCACCAGGAAGCCAUCUCGAAGAUCAAGUGGGAGUCAGAGCGGGAUAUUCGGAGGCUGAUGGAUGAGAUUAAAGCCAAGGACAGGAUCAUCUUUUCCCUGGAAAAGGAACUGGAGACCCAAACCGGCUAUGUACAGAAACUGCAGCUGCAGAAGGAGGCUUUGGAUGAACAGCUCUUUCUGGUCAAGGAGGCCGAGUGCAACAUGAACAGUCCAAAACGAGAGAUUCCGGGAAGAGCAGGAGACGGCUCUGAGCACUGCGGCAGUCCUGAUUUGAGAAGAAAUCAAAAGAGAAUAGCUGAAUUGAAUGCCACCAUAAGAAAAUUAGAAGACAGGAAUACCUUGCUUGGAGAUGAACGAAAUGAACUGUUAAAACGUGUGCGAGAAACCGAAAAGCAAUGUAAACCUCUUCUGGAAAGGAACAAGUGCCUCGCCAAGAGAAACGAUGAACUGAUGGUGUCUUUGCAGCGCAUGGAAGAGAAGCUAAAAGCUGUGACAAAGGAAAAUUCAGAAAUGAGAGAAAAAAUAACAUCCCAUCCACCCUUGAAGAAAUUAAAAUCACUGAAUGACCUCGAUCAAGCUAAUGAAGAACAAGAGACAGAGUUUUUAAAACUUCAAGUCAUUGAGCAGCAGAACAUCAUUGAUGAGCUCACAAGGGACCGAGAAAAGCUCAUCCGUAGGAGAAAACAUAGAAGAAGUUCCAAGCCAAUUAAGAGGCCUGUUUUGGACCCAUUUAUUGGCUAUGAUGAGGACUCCAUGGAUUCAGAGACGUCAUCUAUGGCAUCAUUUAGAACAGACCGAACACCAGCUACUCCUGAUGACGACUUGGAUGAAAGUUUAGCAGCUGAGGAAUCGGAGCUACGCUUUCGACAGUUAACAAAAGAAUACCAGGCCCUUCAGAGAGCAUAUGCCCUCCUACAGGAACAGACUGGAGGCAUCAUCGAUGCUGAAAGAGAAGCCAAGGCUCAGGAACAGCUUCAAGCAGAGGUGCUAAGGUAUAAAGCCAAAAUUGAAGAUCUGGAAGCGACUCUGGCUCAAAAAGGGCAGGAUUCACACUGGGUAGAAGAUAAACAACUUUUCAUUAAGAGAAACCAGGAGCUUUUAGAAAAGAUAGAAAAACAGGAGGCAGAAAAUCACCGGUUGCAACAAGAACUACAGGAUGCCCGAGACCAGAAUGAGCUGCUGGAGUUUCGAAACCUAGAGCUAGAAGAAAGAGAGAGACGAUCCCCUCCAUUUAAUCUACAAAUUCACCCAUUCUCAGAUGGUGUGAGUGCUCUACAGAUCUACUGUAUGAAAGAAGGUGUCAAGGAUGUGAACAUCCCUGAUCUCAUAAAGCAGCUUGAUAUCUUGGGUGAUAAUGGGAACUUAAGAAAUGAAGAACAAGUGGCCAUAAUUCAGGCCAGCACUGUGCUGUCCCUGGCAGAAAAGUGGAUCCAGCAAAUCGAAGGAGCGGAGGCUGCCCUGCACCAGAAAAUGAUGGAAUUGGAAAGUGACAUGGAACAAUUCUGCAAAAUAAAAGGCUAUUUGGAGGAAGAACUAGAUUACAGAAAACAAGCUCUCGACCAAGCAUAUAUGAGAAUCCAGGAACUAGAAGCUACUUUGUACAAUGCUCUGCAGCAAGAAACCGUUAUCAAGUUUGGUGAAUUAUUAAGUGAAAAACAGCAAGAAGAGCUGAGAACAGCGGUAGAAAAGUUACGGCGGCAGAUGCUGAGGAAGAGCAGAGAGUAUGACUGUCAGAUUCUUCAGGAGCGAAUGGAGCUCUUACAGCAAGCCCAUCAGAGAAUUCGUGACUUAGAAGAUAAAACAGACAUCCAGAAAAGACAGAUAAAGGACUUAGAAGAAAAGGAACAGAGACAUCUACAGUGUGAAUGGGAAGAAAAGCAGUCUCCCGUUGGUCUUUCUGCAAAAGGUGAAGCUUGUGGAAUGCAUUCCACAGAUGACAGAGGAUCACAGUGAGCCCCAACUAAACUGGCAACGAGGCGAGGCAAAGGACCUCGGCAAAUGUAACAUAAGAAAUAAAAGCAGAUUUGAUGCUUCCCUGGCCUUCUGUCACAUCUGUGUUCCUCCACGAACAGACUGAUCUCAUUGCUAUCGAAAAUUAAGAAGACGAUGCUCUAAAUCACAAGCUCCCUGACGUAGUUCUUUUUCGAAUGCCAACGUCUAUAGGGAACACGGGCCAGAGAGCAUCUUUGAAUCCAUUUCUAAAAUACCGGUUUUCAAAUGGCUGCUUAAAAUGCCUGCAAAUAAAUAUGUUAUACGAUUUGAGUAAAAACACACAAUAGAGGCGAUAAGUAAACUUCUACCAACAGUUGAGUUUGCCACAGAGAUGUGAAUAUUAAAUAAAAUGAUGAUUAUUUUUUAAAGUAUCCUGAUAUGCCUAGAGCAUUCUGACCUCUUGUCAUUUAGACUGAUAACAUUUUUUCCCCCAGAGAGCUGACCACAGCAAGACAGCUCUACUUUUUUUAUACAGAAGCAACAUAUGUUAUGAUAAGGUCGUUUUCUACCAGAGGCAAUUAGAAGACUGGUACUUUUCCUAAGUUAUGUAAUACUUAGUCUUGGAUUCAGCUCUGAGAGCCAAUAAAUGUUCCUGAAACCUAAUUUUACACCUCAUUGACUGUAGAUAACAAAACAGCCUCAAUUUUUCAAAUUGUCAAGGUUUUAUUUACAGGGCUAGAUCUCCCAUGCCUAAAGAAUGUGUGUAGGGAACCAGAAACUCUUUCUAUGAAAUGCUACACAAAUCCUUCCAGACAUGAGUUCAGUAUCUUAUUCUUUGGUUUUAGCACUGGCAUUUUCAAAGCCAGAACAAUAACUGAAGAAUAGGCAAGAAAGGCUAGAAUGCUGGGGUCCCACUUUUUGUCCUUAUAUUUACUGCUGAUCCAGGUAUCUUUGGCCCAGUCACUUAACCUCUCUGUGCCUCAGUUUCCUCAUCUGCAAAAUGAGGUUAAAUGCUUUUUCAUAAAGUUGUUUUUUUUUUUUUGCAAUUCUCGAACAAGAGGUGCUUAAAGUAGCACAAAGUGCUUUGUAAAAUGAUGACUGCUGUAUUAUUUGACUUUCUUAUAUUGUUGAGAAAGAGUCCCCUGUGUCAUAAAAUAGUGCUUCCAUCUGGUUAAAUCUAAGCCCUGCAGCACUGAAGCUUUCCCAUCAAACUACCUGGGAUAUUGCUAGCAAUAAAGGUUGAGAGAUCCAGAGCCAGGGUCUCUGAUAACCUGUAGUAAAUAGAUCAUCUCAUGCUUUUGAACAAGAUAGAAGAAUAUCAUCUCACUGAUAAGCAUCUCCUAGCUCUCUCUAUUGCAUAUGCAUGCCAUGAAACCAAACUCCACUUUUAUCUUAGGAGAGCCAACUAUGAAAUUAAGGCUUGGAGUAAACCGAUAGUUAUCACAUAAUUAGUCUGAUUAUCCCUUUAAUUUGGGGGAGAUGUACAGUAAUAUAUCCUAUUGGGAAUAUACAAAAUAUCCUUCUGCUGGAUUCUGCAUUCAACUAGGUAGUUUCUACACUAAAUAUGAACAGCACAUUCAUUGUGCAGACAAUGUAAAAGAAGGUGCCACUACCGUCUGUGACCCAGCCCUUUCAAGUCUCAGAAUAUAUGGAGGAGGAUAAAGUAUUCUUCCCUGUCUUUGACUUCUGUCUUCCGUUGCUCUUUCUUGGCCAUUCCAGGGUCCAUCUGAGCAAAUUCAUACUCCAUCUGUUAUAUCAUACCUACUUUCCUUCUCUUCAUCGUGCUUUUUCCACCAAGAAACUUUAUAUUAAAUUUUAUAUCUAAACACUGUCUUUGGUUUAAAUUAUCAGAAACAUUUGUAAACUAGUGUGGCUUGAUCAUGUACCUUAUCUGUUAUAAAUCUGAUUGUAUCACACACACAUUAAAUCAUACAAGAACAAUACAGGUAGGAUGACCAUCUAAGCAGCUUUUGAUGUUUUUAGGGUGAAUGCAAAAGGAGAGAUUCUUUGUUUAACAUUCAAGAGAUGAGCAAAGUUCUCUAGAUUUUAGGCUAAAUGGUGAUAUUUUACCAAGUCUUACUUCUGAUCCUCAUAAUUAACAUAUCUUUGAAUGAGGCUGAAUAUUUUGGUAGGUACAUCUCUCUGUUACUCAACAAUUACAAAAAAUUUAACAAAAUUGUAAAUGUGUGUUUCACUCAUGGAUCCACAGAAAUGAAUUAUAUUUAAAUGAAUGCUUCCCUUGCAGAUAAUGUUUAGCAACAGUAAAGAGUGUCUCAUUAGCAAUGAAGAGGCUUACUGUGGCUGAACUUCUUACAGAGAGUUCAUAAUCCCCACUUUGAUCUUUAAUUUCUGCAUCUUGACUAUCCUGACACAUUUGGCCAACGAGUUAGUAACAGAACAGCGUUCUUCAGGGCUCAUUUGCCUAAUCUUUCUUAACAAAGUAUGCAUCUCUUGGAAAAUUAAACAUAACUUACAAUAUUAAAAAAUAGUUUGCCCUAAAAUGAAAGUCCCACUCUGGCACAGUUAUUCAUGACAGGAAAAUUUUCAUGAGGAAGGAAAAACAAAAUCAAAAAUUAUUUGGCUAUACUAGCAAGCAUCUAUUACUAAUUUGACUGUCUAACCUUUUUUUUUUUGGUCACCCACAUUUUAUUUUAGGAAACACUAGAAUGUGCUGAAAAUAAGUAUCAGAUCCCUUUUAACCUAUGUCAUAUAAAUGAAAUCGUUGCCAAUAGGGAGGUUGUAGAGGUGGAAGAAUAAAUUUUGCUUUGAUCUUUCUGCCAUUCACAAAUAAGCAUUCACAUAGGUUGCCUGGUUCUUCAGGAGGAUAGAAAUGAUGUAGAGGGCUCAUCAGUCAUCGCUGGAGUAGAAAGGGGACAUUCAUUCUCUGGUAAUAUAGAAGAUACAAUUUUGCCAAAUAAUUUUUGCUACAGUAUUUUUUGCAACUAAUUUUUGUUUAAAUCUUUGAUAAACUUGUUCCUUUUUGCAUAUUUACUGUCGCCUUUUUCUGUAAACCCACUGUGUGAUUCACAUGUUCAAUGUCUUCAAUGUAAUUCGAAAGUUCAUUGUUUCAAAAUGAAGUGUUUUUUAAAAACUGCCUAGGUUUUCAUGGGAGCUGUAAAAAUAAUAUUUAUAAUUUGUGUUGAUGUUUAAAUAAUUGGAUCAUGUGUGUUAUGGUACAUCGAAAUAGAUGGACAGCAUAGCCAUUUUAUUUUCUAAAUAUUGCAUUUUUUGAUCUGUCAAAGAGUGGCACUAUAUAUGUACAUAUAUACACAUAUAUACAGUAUACGUAUGGUGUAUGUAUACAACACAUUAUCUACUAUAUUGAAAAAGCUCAAUAUAACAUCUGAGAGAUCAGUAAUCAAAGCAAACCUUAGACGAUUAUUUAUGUCAUGAGUUCAUGCUUUCAGGAUGGGCCCGAGCCUUUCCUUAAGUGGACUUCUCCUUUCUAAAAGGAAAAACAGUAGGUCACAAGGUCUUAAAGGACAAAAGCUUCCAUUCUGUUCAACCGCCUUGUUACUUCUAUAUAAUAUAUUACCUUGAGACUGAAUUUCAGGUGUAUUGGCAAGAGGAUUCAGACAUAACAGAAGGGUGGAGUUGAUCUUGUGAUUUCAUUUUAGUACUGGGCCGGGCAGAUUCACAUUCCUUUGUUGCCUUUAAUUUGGUAGUUCAGUUCUUCCUAAAGAAACCUCUUGUUGAAGGUCCAAGUCCAAUGUUUAAUCAAGUUACUAAAGAUCUACUUCAAGGAGCAAUGUGACAAAAAUAGAAGGAUUAUAAUUUGCUAUAUUCAACCUAAUGUAUCAUACUCAGAGAUGCAGGUGACCGACUCGGUGAAGUUCCCUGAUUUUGUAUUUGUGUUUUCUCAUUGAGAUCUUUGCAUCCGUGCUUGUAUUUCCAUCCUUGUUAUGUCAAAGUUCUGUAGGAUGGAGGUGGUGUAGCUAAAGAAGUUUGUGUCCAACUUUGCCUACAAUCAAGAUUCUACAAACUUGCUAAAGUGUAGGUGAUGCAAUUUCCCAAAAGCACAUCCUCAGCAUCCAAUAGUAACAGCAAUCACUUACCUUUGAUUGACAUCUCACAAAAUGUGCCUAUUUUCCCCCAUUAACUAUAGUAACUUCUUACAAUGAGACAGAUCAAAAUCCAAACACUUUUAUAAAUAUGUACAUAUAUGCGCAUAUAUAUUCUGUACAUAGUAUGAUGGCGUGAGCACUUACUAGAUGUGUACUUCUGUCCUAGGACUGAGGACUUCAGGAAGGGGUUUUUCUGAUGCUGCUAGGUAACUCAUAUUUUGGGUUAGCAUCUGGUGUCUGUGCUCUCCUCCUUCCCUGCCUCUUCUCCUUCCUCCCCUACCUUCAGUUCACUACCACGAUUCCCUGUUGUUGACUGAGGCAAAGAACUACUGAUUGGUUUUCCAAUUACUCAGGCCGGGAACCAGCCUUGUAGUGAUGCCACUGGUUUUCUAGAAAGAGCAACAGAAAGUCCAGUAUGAUCUACAGCAUUAAUAUUAUCCCACAGCCCCAUUAUUUUUUCAGCUAAAAAUCUCGUUCCAACAAGGGUUUAUGCGUGUUUUAACCUUCAAGAUACAAUUCUUUGGGGACUCAAGUAGAGAGCCAGUGUAUUUGAAUACAUGAUUCCCCAGAUGCCUACUGUACUAAUGUGGCCAGGGGACCAAUUUCUCAGAGCUUUCAUCCAAUCAACUGCCUCAUUUGGGGUUCUUUAUCUCCAUCUCAUUAGCAUGACUCCAUAUAUUGGUUCAGUGCUUGUUUAUUAAUGCGAGAGAAAUACAAAUUGACUGACUUUCACCAGGAUGAUCCCUCUGAAGUACACUGAACAUGUACAUGUAAUGUAUGUAUUACCGUAGAGAUGGGAAUCAAUUUAUUGUAUGUAAAGUUUUAUGAAUGGUUAUUUUAUAAUUUAUGUAUUUAAUAUAGGAAUCAAUGAGCUCUGGUGUUUUAGUUUAUAUAAAAAUAAAACAAGCUGCAUUUUUUAAAACUUUA